AUGGCGGACCCGCUAUCCGUCGCCGGCUUGGCGACGGGCGUGGUCUCGCUGGGUCUCCAGGUAUACGGCGGCAUCACAUCGUACCUCGACGCUCUGAAAUGCCGCAAGGAAGACAUCGCUUCCGCAAGACAGCAGGUCGAGUGUCUCGACAAGGCACUACAGGUGGUCAAAACGUCACUACCGCAGCUCCAACAGGAGCACCAGGCACCCACGGCCGCGGUGCGCGGUUGUCUCGACUCUUGCAGCCGGGAGCUCAAGGGCUUGCAGACUUUAAUAGCCGAGCUCGCCGGCCCCGACAAGGCCACGUCCGGGGGGAAAGAAAAGGUGCAGGCUUUCAGCAAAAAGCUGCGCUAUCCGUUCAACCGGCCAAAGAUCGAGCUGCUGGAAAUGAGGCUGCGCAACGCCAAUUCAACGCUUCAGCUGGCUUUGCAGGCUCUCGGCAUGUAUGUGUUACCUACCUAG